AUGGCUGUGAAUAAAUGCAUCAAAUACCUGCUCUUCUUCUUCAACCUUCUUUUCUGGGUGAGUGGUUGCAUCAUCCUGGGUGUGUCCAUCUACCUGAAAGUCAGCAAAGAUGGAAACCAGAUCACCAAUGAAUCUCUUCCUGGCAUCGAUCUGAUGAUCGCCAUCGGGGUGAUCAUCAUGGUGCUCGGGUUCCUGGGCUGCUGCGGCGCCAUCAGAGAGAACCGCUGCAUGCUGCUGCUGUUCUUCAUCACCCUCCUCCUCAUCUUCAUCCUCCUGCUGGCGGCAGGAAUCCUGGGAGCCGUGGGCGAGAAGAAGGUUAAGGACUGGGUGAAGAAGCGUCUGGAGAAAUUCACCCCACUGUCAGAACAAUCAGAGACUGUGAGGGAGGACCUGGAGAAACUGCAGCGGGAGCUCAAGUGUUGUGGUCUCGUGAACGGACCCUCAGACUGGACCCAGAUCCCCGAGUCCUGUCGCUGCAACAAGACUGAGCCCGACUGCGGCUCGUCGGCCCUCUACAAUGAGCCCUGCUCCAACAAAAUCAUCACUCUGAUGGAGAAAAACAUGGAGGUGGUGCUGGGAAUCGCCUUCGCCAUCGCCAUCCUGCUGAUUUUCGGCAUGGCCUUCGCCAUGAUCCUCUACUGUCAGAUCGGCAGGAAGGAUGGCGCCACCGGCACUACGACUAAUGCCUGAGGCCCCACCCUCGUUACCAGGCAACAGCCAAUCAGCAGUGCCCGAGUGACCCACGCAACAUAAAACCUAACUUCAGUGCUACUGUACUUUAACCUGUGCUUUUAUUGUGAAGGAGCACGCUGAUAUUUUGGCUCAUUAAUACACAGCCUGUCAUUAAACUGUAUGGAUUUCAGCUAGUGCACAGGUUAAAUGUAUUUAUAUUUUGGGCAAAUAUUAUAUAAUAAAUAAUAAGUGCUAUGUGUGAAAAAUGUGAAAUAAAUAAAUGAUUUAAACGUUUCCGAGAAAGAAAGUGAGGAGAUUUAAAUUAUCCAAAUAAAAGAUAACCAAGGGAAAAAAACAAAUGUAUUUUUGAUUUACUGAGUAAUGAAUCUUGUCUGAGCAGGAGAGUAAACAACAAUAUCAGAGUGUUCCUAUAACUUCACAGAAAACCUGUGAUAAUGUAUUUUACAAAAAUACUCAUCACGUCACAACAAGGUAACAAGUGAAACAACAACACUCAUCCAUGUGUCAGUUCACACGAGGCCUCAAAGAACAAAAGUCAGGAAGAUGGUCAAGAAUACAAAUCCUCAUAUCAUAUAGAUCUUAUUCUUUAUGGAAGCCAAUUGGUACCCCAAAAAAAUAAAUCAGUAAAUAAGUGGUUACAUAUAAAUUCAUUAGUUUCUCAUCAGUUAUAUCUCAUAUGAACGAUUUGUACAUUACAAAUGUAAUUACAACAUUUUCUUUAUGAUUAUAACAAAUUCUUGAAAAUUUUAUUUUCGUACUUGUAAAUCUGGACUCAAACUGCAGUUUAAUUUAUACAUAUAUGAAAGAUGCUUAAAUUUGAUUUUAUUAUAGUUUGUUAUAGUAGUCAUAAUUUGAUACUCCUAUCAGAAUGUCAUUUCUGUGGUUCCUUAUUUUUUAUGUUCAAUAUUUUUUGGGGUAGGAAUUAGCUUCCAUACAUUUAUGUUCAAACACACACUGCUAUAACUGUAUUGCACUGUCUGCUGCCAUUUUUUUUAAUGGAAAAUGCUACAAAAUAAUCCUCAGGAAGUUGAAGUGGUGUGAUCGUGCUGUUGUAGAAUAAAUACAAGUUAUAAGAAUAAUGUCAUUAUGAAAAAAAUAAGCUUUAAAUUUGACACUGCUGCAUAAUUUAAUACCUUAUAUCACAUUGUUACAGAAUAUUAUUUGUUCAAUUUUUGUUUUUAUUAUAAAAGCUAAAAAGUUGUGGUUAAAUCUUGUGGAGUAAUACUUGAUUUUUGUUUCUCUGCUCUCUGAAUCCUAUUGCUGUUGCUUUUUUUUUUUCAUUAAAGAUAUUUUUAUUUUUGUGUAUUUUAAUCACCCAACUGAAAUAAGUGUCAUACUAUAUAAGAAGUUCUCUCCAACAUUUGCUUGUCUUUUAUUUUUUAGUUACUAAGUCAUAAUAAUGUUGCUUAAAGAUUUUUACAAGGACCUUCCAAAAAGUAAAUUAGGAAACAAAUGUAAAGAAAGGAAUUGACCUUGUGUUGGUUGUUUUCUGUGGACCCCCUCAACUCCACUGCAGGACCUCUGAUGGACCCCAGGUCACACUUUGAAGGUUGUUGAUCUGCAUGCUGUGAUGAAAUAAAACAGAUGAUGUGGUUUGUUUGCCAUCUUGACACAGUGAAGCUGAUGUGUUCCUGUGUGAGCUCUACAGUCUGCUGUUUGUAAUGGUUUUAUCACUGUUAAGCUGUCAAACUACAAUAAACGAUG